AUACUUAUACUAUAUAGUUAUUAUUACCCAAAACUUGUAGACAUAUCUUCUACUCUAGCAUAGGAAGUUGUGAUAUUAGAACUCCCAAAACAAUGAGUGCAAUUUCCAACAUACUCAAUGUAGUAUUGCCCCCAUUGUCACUGAUUAUACUGCCUAUCAUCAUGCUACCUUAUCUUUUCUUCAAAUUGCUUAUACAUCUAAAAAAAUUGGUGUACAAAGAAAACAUGGCAAGAAAAGUAGUACUAAUCACAGGGGCAGCCUCAGGAAUUGGGGAGCAAUUGGCUUAUGAAUAUGCUAGACGAGGAGCGAGGCUGUCUCUUGUUGACAUUAAAAAGGAGAAUCUUGCAGCAGUGGCUAAAAUGGCAAGAUCUCUUGGUUCUCCCGAUGUUAUCGUCAUUGGUGCUGAUGUUUCCAACAUUCAAGAAAGUAAACGAUAUGUUGAUGAAACGGUGGACCACUUUGAACAACUGGAUCAUCUUGUAAAUAACGCUGGAAUAGCAAUUCCGACGUUGAUAGAAGAUUGUUCUGAUAUUACUAAAUACACUCCAGUUAUAGAUGUAAAUUUCUGGGGAGCAGUUCAUGGGACUUUACAUGCAAUCCCACAUCUCAAAAAAAGUAAAGGAAGGAUCAUAGUGAUUGCUUCAACUUGUGGAUGGUUCCCUCUUCCAAGAUCCAGUUUCUAUAAUGCUAGUAAGGCAGCAUUAAUAAGUUUCUUUGAGACACUAAGAAUUGAACUUGGUUGGUGUAUUGGCAUAACAAUUGUCACACCAGGAUUUAUCAAAACAGAACUAGCAUUGAAGGCUUAUGAAGAAAGGCCUAGUCUGAAAAUGAUUCCAAUGGGGUCAGCAUUUGAAUGUGCCAAAGACAUAGUGAAAAGUGCAUGUAGGGGAGAUAUGUAUGUGACAAAUCCUUCAUGGGUCAAAGUGUUGUUUCCUUUUAAGGUGUUCUAUCCUGAGCUGGUGGACUGGGUCCAACAACACAUCUUUCGACUUUUGCCCAACCCUUGUAAGAAAGGCAAUAGGCAUAUGUACAAGAAUAACCAAAGAGCAUAAGACAGAUUAAAGAGUUAUUUGGUGGGAUUUGCACACUUCAUAUUGAGACAUGUCCUAGCAAAGGACUCAUGUGACUUUUAUUGAUUAACUCUACAUAUAAGUUUGUUUUGUGUGAUCUCUUAAAUUGUAGUAGAGAUAAGUGUUUGAAGCUGCAGUAUAGACAUUUCUACAAUUGUUAUCAUCUAGGUAAUGGUAAUAAUCGACAUUAUGUAAGAUGAAUUUAGAUUUCACCACAA